AUGACAACAGUUUUGGACCCUUCAACCCCGUUCUCUGCAGAGCUAUACAUCAUCAAGAGGCUGAACUUCAGUCUGUGCCGGGCUGGUGGUGGACAUGCAGGUUCUCUAGGACUUCAACCCCAAACUGAACGUGUUGCCCUGGCUCCUUCACGAUGCGAUGUCCCACUAGUGGAUCCUUGCAGUGGUCUGCUGAGUGCUGGAGCCGAGGUGGACCUGGGGAUUAAAGGUCGACCAAAAUUCAUUAAUUUCCAUCAUGUGGCAUCUGCUUUUUUGUCCCAGAGACCUAAUGUCAGUGUAUCAUCCCAAGGUUCAGCCAGUCCUGUUAAAAUUCAACAACAGUCACAGAGGGCAACAACAAAAGCGACAACGCAUGACAGUCUGGCUGAUAAAAAAGCUCUGUGUCAGAAUGCCUUCUCUCCAGACCCGAGACUGUGGACGGAUAACUCAGCAGCAGUUCAGCACUUCAUAUACACUUCUGCAACACAAAGGAGUUAUGAGGAAGUCAACUGGGAUGCAAAGUUACUCCGACGCUUAAAACCGGCAGAAACUACACUGGAGAAAUCAGCGGACCCAGUGAGUCAGUUUUCCUCAUCGGGGCGUUACAACAGCAGCCCUCAGCAGUGGCAGUCAGUAGGUGCUGACUGGAACAAACGACAGCUUCGAUCAAGGAGUGAUGCAAAGAAGCCCAUUUCAUUCUGCAGUGGAUCUCGGAGGUCAGGACAAAUCCCUCUGUACACUGGCACAAUUGGCUCGGAGAAGAUGGAUAACAUUGAUAACAUGGAUGAAGACUUUCACCCACUGACCCUGAAGAGGAGCACCAUCCCUCCGUGCACACUUUCAGCUCAUCGAACCAUCAUUCCUGGUUACACAGGCAAAGCUGUCUAUGCUAACUUUGCUGCUGCUGCUGAUACAACAUUGUUAGGGUGA